GCUGCUUUACCUCCACGUACGCCGCCGGCACAGCGGGACCCGAUGGAAAGGUGAAGCAUGGCUGCGAAAGAGGACAUCUACAGCAAAAUCCUCCCGAGGAGACUUCGGCAGAAUCGAGCGGGGACUGUAAAAUGCGGCUCCAAUCUGGACGUCCUGUUAUCAAUGGGUUUCCCCCGACCAAGGGCACUGAAAGCACUGGUAUCAACUGGAGGUCGGAGUGUACAGGCAGCAUGUGACUGGCUGUUCUCCCAUGUAGAUGACCCAUUCCUGGAUGACCCCUUGCCCAGGGAGUAUGUCCUGUAUCUGCGACCCAGCGGUCCCCUUCAGAAUCAGCUCUCUCAUUUCUGGCAGCAGAGUCGGGUCACCUGUGGCAAGAACAAGGCCCACAACAUCUUCCCUCACAUCACUCUCUGUCAGUUCUUCAUGUGUGAAGACCAGAAAGUGGAAUUUCUCUGUGAGGCUCUGCAGAGUGCCGUGGCCCAGUGGAGGGGUCGAUUCCCCUCUCCUCUCCCCCUAGAGCUCUACACAUCCUCCAACUUCAUCGGGCUUUUCGUGGAGGAAGAGAUAGCCGACGUGCUCAAGCAGUUUGCGGCAGACUUUGCCACUGAGGCCACAAGGAAAGCAGAGGUUCAUGUUGAACCUCACAAGAAGCAGCUUCAUGUAACAUUGGCCUACCAGUUCCCCUCCGACCACCUGCCCUCCUUGGAGAAGCUGGCCAAGGGCAUCGAAGUCAAACUAGGCUGUGAUUGGCUGGCCGUCCUUUUUUCCCGGGACAUUCGCUUUGCAAACCAUGAGACCCUGCGAGUGAUGUACCCCUACAUGCCCCAGAAUGACGAUGAGUUGGAGCUGGUACCUGGGGACUUUGUCUUCAUGUCUCCUGUUGACCAGAGCAGCGCCAGCGAGGGCUGGGUGAAUGGGACCUCCCUGACCACGGGGCUUUCCGGCCUGCUGCCGGAGAACUACGUCAGCAGGGCCGACGAGUCUGACACCUGGGUCUUCCACGGAUCCCAUUCAUUCUUCAGCUGCGGGCCCUUUGACAAGGCCGGCAGGGACAGAGGGAUGUUCAACGGACUGCUGGACAGCCGUCGCCCCGAUAGCACAAAUCCCGGGGACACACCCACCCUCAGUCUCAUCUGCCAUCCAAUGCAGGCGCUGCGAAUCAGCAGUAAUCACUCUCGAUCACCAAAACGGAGACUGUUUGUCUGCCGUCAUGGCGAGAGGAUGGACGUGGUCUUUGGCAAACACUGGCUGUCCCUCUGCUCAGAUAGCAAGGGACGAUAUAUACGUUCCAAUUUGAACAUGCCGACCAGCCUGCCUCUAUGGAGCGGAGGGCAGAGGGAUUACGACAUGGAUGCCCCGAUCACUGUGUUUGGAUCGGCACAAGCGCAGCUUGUGGGUGAGGCCCUCCUUGAGAGUAACGCAGUGGUAGAAUUUGUGUACUGUUCUCCCUCGCUUCGAUGUGUUCAGACUGCACAAAACAUCCUCAAAGGUAUGCAGCAGGACGGCAAGUUGAAGAUGCGCGUUGAACCAGGGCUGUUUGAGUGGACUAAGUGGGUAUCUGGGAACUCCCUGCCAGCAUGGAUACCUCCUAGUGACCUGGCCACAGCACACUUCAGCAUAGACACAACAUACAGACCUCUCAUCCCAGUCAGCAAGCUCACUGUGUCUGAGUCCUAUGAGAACUACAUUAGCAGGAGCUACCAAGUCACCAAAGAUAUCCUGUCAGACUGCAAAAACACUGGAAACAAUGUGCUGAUUGUGGCCCAUGCUUCCUCCCUGGAGGCCUGCACACGUCAGCUCCAGGGCCGUAGCCCACAGAGCUCUAAGGACUUCAUCCAAGUCGUCCGAAAGGUCCCCUACCUGGGCUUUUGCUCGUGCGAGGAGCAAGGCGACACAGGGGUGUGGCAGUUAGUGGACCCGCCAAUCCUUCCCCUCACCCAUGGUCCUAACCACAGCUUUGACUGGAGAGAAACCCUUUUUCAGGAAUGACAUUCACCCCUCACCCAUCUCCAUAAUGUGCCCACCCCCCUCCCACAGACUGCAAUGACAGAUUUUCAGCCUCCGAAUACUGGAUCAUUCACAUGUGUCACCUUAUGUAUACACAUUUUGGCAGCUUCAUCAUGACAAAUAAAUAGCUGCCUGCCCUGAUUUGGAGCUUUUCCUGGGUCCACGAAGGAUUGGGAAAAAGAGCUAUCUUAAAUCAUUUGCAAUGCUUAAACUAUCAUUAACUAUUCCUAUCAAGUGUGAUUGCAGCAUACGGAGAACAAAGAACUGAGGAAUGUUGGUCUAGGCAAUAUGAGAGGGUGUAAAGUGUCCUGUAAGUAAAAACUUGUUGGAUUAUACCUUGUUCUUAUAUAUUGCUGGAGUAUGACUAUAUAUGCUAUCUGUCUUGCUAAGCUAGCCUAUUCAGAACAGUACUGCCUUGACAGCACAGCAGCUUUCCUCAUACAUGUUCAGUACCACACACAAGGGUUGUUGAUUUCUGAGUCUCAAGGCCGGAUGAAAGGUUGAGAAACGGCACAAUAGUUGUUGUGAUUCCUACUGGGGUGGGAAUGCCGAGUUCACACUCGAGGAGUUUCCCAGGGCUACACACAUAUACACACACACACACACACACACACACACACACACACACACACUAUAGAGUCCAACUUAUCAUCCCUUUAUAAUCCACAUACAGUAAGUGAAAAUGAAACAGUUGCAACAAUAGCACAAAAUGCAAUAUCGACAAUCAUGUAGUAGCAUAUUGAUUCUGGUCCAGCAAACAGCGGUACCGUGUUGGGUAUCUUAUUCAAGGGGCAGGACCAGCUGUAAAUAAUCAAUUAUUGAUGUAAAAAAAAAAGUCUUUCAACUCAUACCUGUUGAAUAAAUACAAGAUGAUCGUCAUCCCCUGUAACAGCAUGCAAGGAGUUAUCCACUGUAUCUCAGGUGUUAACUGCAUUUUAAUACAUAUAUGCAGCAUUGUAAAGUGUUUUAUUGAUUCAAUAACAGUUAUUGUGAGUGCCUCUUGCUAUCGAUGUGGUGUCUUCCAUUAAGGUGAUCUCCCAGAAUGAAAAUAACAGCCAAGUUUGAAACACCAUCAACUGUAAGUGGAAAUAGAAAAUAGGUUUUGGAUCCAAUUUUACUUGACAUGCAUGUUAAGCCCAUAAUGAGCUUAUUAGGAGUGGUGUUAAAGGUCAUUGUAUCAAACAUCCCCUUAGUGUUUGCUUCUUAACAGAGAAACCCCAUUUAUUGGCUCCUAGUGAUUCAGGGUACAAUUGCAGAGAUUCAGUUGAAAUUUCCUAGACUGGAGUAUUAAAACUUUUAUCCUGUUGAGUCCUUCGGCUGUAGACUGGACUAUGCUGCUGUAGUAUCUCCAAGAAGAAAUGCUAACCAAAGCCUUCAUGUGACCAUAAGUAGAGAUCCUACCUUUACACAUAGUGUCUACUGCUAAAUUUUACCAGACUUCGAUUCGACAACAAUGGGAAUAUACUGUAAUCCAUCAGAUAUGCAGGCCCUGUUGGUUAACACGUAGAUCCAACUCAGAAGUAAUUUGGCCUUGUUAGAUUCCCUUUGUAUUAACAUGCACCACACCAGACUCUUACACAAUUGUGAGGAACAUUUUGAGAUUAGAUCAAAACAAGAAUAUCUAUUUGUCCCUGUGUCCUUGGUCUGCAAAUCAUCGCAGUUUAAUUGUGAAACAACCUUCUUUGUCAGCCCUUUGAACAAUUCCUCUGUUGCUAUGCAACGGCUGCUGAUGCUCUGUUGAAACAGGGAUGCAAAAUUUAACCUGGGAAGAAAGUCACUUGGCUGUAGAGCAAUGCAAAUCAUAUUUACAGGAGCAAGCCAUGCUUUACUAAGAUGUCUCUCCUUCUUAAUUUAUUGUCUCAACGUACCGCCAAAUAUGUACAGUGUUUAGUUAAUUCAGUCUAUUUCUUAAAAAAAAUGUAACAGUUGGUGUGUAAUUUAAGAAUGGCUGGGUGGAGACGUUUUUCUCGUAUUGUUUUGGUUUUGAACUCGUCUUGUUUGUGAAAUGUAGCAUCAAGUCAAAUUAAGCUGUCCUUUUUAAGCAGCGGUGAUAUUUUCAUAUUGUGAGAGGCCCAAGGGCUUGCACGAAAGGUGACAGAGAGUAAGCCAUGCCGCAAACGUUAAUUCAGGAUAGCUUUAAUUGCAAAUUGCUCUAACAGUACAGUUGCGAUUGAACACAAAAUCAAGAGACAUUUGUAUGUACAGCAAUACAACGGAACAAAGGAAGUUGGCAAAACAGGUAGCGCCAUCAUGUUUUGCUUUCAACUAUGCUGCAAAUAUUGUAAAACAUCAUGGAUAAAAUAAAAGGCUAAUAAUC